AUGAGCAGUGUGCUUUUAAUAUUAUUAUUAGAGUUCGUUUUUGGUUUGAUCAGCGCCCAAAAUCAAUAUUAUUGCUAUGGUGAUGGAAUUCUCAAUAAUGAAAAAACGUGUCGAUUCUUCACUGUUGUAAUUGACGCGGGCUCGACAGGCACCCGAUUACACCUCUACAAAUUUCUUCAUGAUCCCGAAAAAAAUAAAAAUGGAAUGCCGUUCACUGUCGAGCAGGAGAUUUUCCAAGAGGUGAAACCCGGGCUUUCGUCGUAUGCCAAGAAUGCGGAAGACGCCGCGAAAUCGCUGGAACCGUUAUUGCAAAGAGCAAGGAAAGAAGUUCCUCACUUCAUGUGGGAGAAGACGCCGAUCACAUUGAAGGCAACUGCCGGUCUUCGGCUUCUACCCGGCGACAUGGCCGAUGAUAUUUUGGAGCAGGUCGAGAAGACCAUCUUCAACAGCGGAUUCUAUGCAGCGUUUCCCGAAUCUGUCUCGGUGAUGUCGGGAUCGGACGAAGGCGUUUAUAGUUGGUUCACAUUGAACAUUCUCCUCGAGACCCUCUUCCAAGAUGAGAAGAAAUCGGGUUUCGUGCCGAGACCCGCGGCGCACAUGUCAGUCGCGGCUUUCGACUUGGGCGGCGGAUCGACGCAGCUGACGUACUGGCCGAACAACGAGGCGGUGUUCGAGGAGCAUCCCGGAUUUGAGAGGGACAUUGACUUUUUCGGGCACCACAUUCGUCUGUUCACGCACAGCUUUCUUGGGAAUGGACUGAUCGCGGCGAGACUCAGCAUACUCAAAACGGAGACGCCUGACGCGAUCGAGAGGGAUCACAAGCUGACGACGAGCUGCAUGCCGAAUGGCUACCACCUUCCGGACUGGGAGUACUCGUUGAAAAUGUGGAGUGUUAACGGAAAUGAGAAAUAUUCAUUCGAAAAUUGUUAUCAGGUCUCGAAGCGAUUUGUCGAAUCGAGCAACAUCAUGCAUUUGAGAGAACUGAAAGGCUCUCCGAUCUACCUCUUCUCAUAUUUCUUCGAUCGCGCCCUUAACAGCGGACUCGUCAAAGACAAUAAUGGUGGAAAGGUGAUGCUCAAAGAGUUCAAGAAAGCCGCCAAAAUAGCUUGUCAGCGAAACGUCCGAGAGAUCAACGAUGGAUCGCAUUGGAUGCCAUGGCAAUGCCUAGAUCUCACCUAUAUCUACUCGUUGCUUCAUGAUGGAUAUCGGUUUGAUGAUGAGCAGCCAGUAGUGGUAAGUGGGAUGAACUAUCUGGCAAAGAAGAUCAAAGGAAUGGAAGUGUCAUGGGGUCAGGGCCUCGCGUUCGCCGUCUCCAAUGAAUUCCAGUCAUCGGAUUCGGCGACGUCGUCGGGAUCGAAAAACACGACGGUUGUUGAUCAAUUAUUCAAUCUAGUCUACACGAGUACAAAUCAUGUAUUAACAUUCUUCAAUAUCAUUUCUUGA